CAAAUGUCAUGUGAAAAUAAUUUUCUGAUCAACAUGAGCUUAAGAUUUUCUCCCUACUAUUUGUGGAGAUAUCUUGGAAACUGUAUUUGGGACCUUUGACCCAUCAGCUUCAAAAUUGAAUCAUCUGCACAUACUCUCCCAAGUGAUAUUCUCACCAAGCCCGGUGAAAAAUAAAUUGCAACACAGUAUGUAUACAUAUCCGCUCAUAUUUAACAUUGGACAGACCUUGGUCUAACAAUGCAAGCAAAAGUAUAUACGUUUUUUUGCAUUUUUAAUGAGUCGGCUAAAACUGCCACAUACUGUAAACACUGGACUUUGUCAAAGUCACAUCACCGAAUGUGGUUCCAUUCAUGAGCACUUAACAGUAUAUACGUUCUUGUCAUGCCAGAGAAAAUGGCCCAUGUUUAUCGCGGGCACUGGAGUUUCUGUAUGUGGAUUGAGAUAACCAAGGGCAGAGAACGUUGAUUCCUUCAUGGCUAAACUGGGUAAUCGCUGUGUCUCCGUUAUAUGAUGGUGGAGUCUGCAGAACGGAUCGGCCCUUACAGGCUCCCCACUCUCACCUACGGAAAACCUCAUUAGUGUUAAAAAGCUGACAAAGGGGUCAUUACUCUCCAUUAGUCAUGCUAUGCGUGGAAUACCACGCAUAGAAGUGCUAAAAGUCGACUGACGGCAACAGCGGGGCAGGAUGUAUGUUCUGCAACACAGAUGGAUGUUGACUUUCAUCUCACUUUAUUCGUUUUCUGUGGGUUUCUCUAAUUUAUGGAUCCGCUAACCUGCACCUGUAAGCUGGAUGUGGAUAUGUGUGGCUUAAAUGGUUUGUGCGUGCGUGUGUCUUGUUCAGCCGAUUAAUAACGUAACCCCCAAAAUAUUUUUGGGGUGAACAUGGACUCUGUUUCGGGGUCCAAAAAUAUAUGAUUGCAGAUCAAGACCCAAACUCUGUUUAAGGAAAUUAUCUUCUGGGAAAUUUGUUUUUCGACUCCCUGACCCCACUGUCAAACCUCGGCUCUUUGUCGGGGGCCUUUAAUAGAUUUUCACUGAGACAACUCAAAGAGCUGAAUGGUUCCACUACCUCAGCGUGUGGAGUGACUCGCGCCAUGAGCAACAUGUGGUCAUCUUUCAAGUGCUCGUGAUCUAAUUGCAUUUUUGGUGUGAAGGGUUUUCUUGGUGGAUGAGUUGUUGUCCUCCAAAUAUUCAUAGCUAAAUGUCAGACUGAGUAAUUUUGCUACUAUAUAUGUAGCUGGCCUCAGGAUUGACAGCUCUUUUACCACCAAGAUUGACUCCAGUCAUCCGUAAUCUAAACACGUCCUCAGGCUUAGGUGAGUCGCACUCGAUUCUUCAGACAACAAAGCUACUAAUGGAAUGUUCCCACUUCCCACAAACCCCUAAAGGUCCAAACAGGCCGUUUGCUGAAGAGACUCUUGCUUUUCCUACUGAAUGAGGCGCCAGCCCACUGAUGAGCGGGGUCUUUGUUUUUAUCGUUGGAUUAUAAUUGGGUGUCAUUUAACAGAUACUAUGGAGGCUUUGGAGUUAUGAGUUAUUCAUUCAGAGGAAUGAUAACUGGACAGUCGGUAGUAGUUUCCACAGGGAUGGAGCGACACAAGACAGAAUUUGUUUGAUUACAGUUGGCAUGCGAUGUCUGUCAGUGGUCGCCCCAUCGAUUUGUGAGAAACAACUGAAUGAAUUGCCAUUCAAUUUGAGAAAGCCAUUCAUGUUCCCCAGGGGAUAAAUCCUACCGACUGUGGUGACCUUUUUCCUCCCGUCCAACCGUUAGGCUGACACAUUAGUCCGCUUGGUGAUAAUGAUUACAGUUAAUGGAGGGCCAUUGAGGGCGGGUGACCACCCACUGGUUGAGCUGUGUCGUGUAGUCGAUGCUGACUUUCAAUCUGCUACAUUUAGGGCGGUUUAUUUUCAAACCUGCCUUGCUUGGUCCAGACCUUCGGACUUUCUAGUUUGGAAUUGCAGGAGUGAAAGGUUCCUCGGACCACCAAUGGACCAAAUUUUGGUCCGACCAAAAGAGGUGAUCUUGGUCCGGAUCAAACUGAACCAUGGUUCAAAUUCUUUUGGAUGGUUUGGACUUUUGGACCAAGUGUUGGAUGAAGUGGUAGAUACAGCUUUAGAUCCCUUCUCUUACUUUUCAACAAUGUUGUUUUAUCGUUUGUAGUACUCUCUGUAACUAAGCAACCAGCUGCAUGCCCAGUGUACAUGAGUGGACACGUGAUAUAUGUUUUUUUAGGUGCGUUAUUACUGACAUGGAGCUGAAAUGCUCGUAUGGACGGAGACCAUUUUAUUUCACGAAAUGAAAGUGUAUUAGUACGGAUGAUGAUACAAAUGGUGACGACGAGGGAGACGUUGGAUGAUGAUCUUCUUCUUCUGUUAGAUAUCAGUCUCCUAGUUAUGCCUUAUCUUUCUUUAAGAUCAAAGAACAUUCCUGGAAAAUUCGGGAAAAUGUAAAAGCCCCAGAAUCGCCUCCGCCAAGAAAAAAAGCGACACAUCUCACAAUGUUAAAGAAAGUGAUUAAGAAUUCCUGGAUUCGCCCCUUUGUCCGGAUCCACGCCAACAUUUAAUGGGUUCUUUUCUUGGCCCUAUCCUUUCUGCCGAGCGUGCUGAUAGGACGACGUCCAAGAUUCUUUUGACGGAAAGGAAACACUCUUUUUUUCCCCGAUGACAUCUGGGAGUCAUCAUCACUGAAGCCUUUUUUCGCUCAUAUACAGUGAGUGAAACAUGAAAUACACCAACACGUGAGACCUACAUUUGUAUAUGUUGCAGUCAGAAUCAUUCUCUCUGACAGUUCGCCCUCUCUGCCCUCUCUGUAGGGGACCUGGUUAUACCGGUGCUCUCUAUUCAACAACAAUCCAUGAGCCUGUGAACAUUUAGUUUUCCUGGAAUAAUACACAAAUGCCCAAGUUGGAAAUGGUAGAAUUGCAAUAAUUCUGCCGUAUCAUUAUUUCCAGAGGGAUUCAAAUUUUGGUCCGACCAAAAGAGGUGAUCUCGGUCCGGAUCAAACUGAACCAUGGUCCAAAUUCUUUUGGAUGGUUUGGACUUUUGGACCAAUUACAGGAAGGUCAGGCAGCAAGCUAUCAUAGAAGAAGAAAAAGAACCAGGAAAAGAAGUGUUUAAUAAUGAGCUGCGGUUGCACCUGGGGAGAGGAGGAGACGAAAUAUUUCAUUGCAACUUGGUCCGACAAAACAAUAAAAAGUCAACUUGAAAAAACGCAUAAAAUGCCGAAAUUCAUAACUUAUUUUCUGAGUGGAGGAGAGAAAGAGGAUAUGAGAGGACGGCAGAGCAACGCAACCUGAAAUUAAAGAAACCGGGCAGCAGCAGUAGUAAUACCAUACUAAUGCAAUGACAAUCUGUUCGUUCAUCUUCUCCAUCCAUUCAAACGGAAAAUGCUACCCGACGAAUUGGCAACACAGAUGCACGCCCGUCUACAAACCAAUCAAAGUCAAGAUUAGGGCAACUCAGCCCACGUAGGCGAUGACGACAAGACGUUUAUGUCCUGUAAAGUUCUUUAGUGCGCCACCAGAAUUGCAACAUGUAACCAAAACUAACCACAUCAAAUAUGAACAUUGUGACAACGUGUGAAAACUCCAACUGAAACGGAAAAACCUACUCCCAACGGCAGAUUUAACCAUUCAGUCGCUUUCCUAACACACACACACUUAAUCACAUUCAUACAGUCGCAGUUAACAAGCAUUUGCACCGAAACAAGUGCUGGCAUGCAGGAUCAGAUACAAAAACGCACCUUUCACAUGUACAGUGAAAAUAUGGAGCUGACAGAGGCUUCUCUGCUCAAAUGAGAUGUUCCCGCUCUGCUCUGCAAUUAUUAUUUUGGAUUGAAGGGAACUUUAUAUGCUAAUAAUAUAUGAGCUUCAUAAUAAUGAUAGUGAUACAUCUGACAAUUUUUUUUUCGCAGACUCAUGUUGUGUAAUUUGAAUGUGUUCAUGGCGCAUGAGGGUUUGGAUGAAGUGGUAGCUACAGCUUUAGCUCAAGGGAAGUCCUUCCACCCGUCCAAGAAAGAAAUCCCUGCUCUUACUUUUCAACAUUGUUGUUUUAUCGUUUGUAGUACUCUCUGUAACUAAGCAACCAGCUGCAUGCCCAGUGUACAUGAGUGGACACGUGAUAUGUUGUUUUAGGUGCGUUAUUACUGACAUGGAGCUGAAAUGCUCGUAUGGACGGAGACCAUUUUAUUUCACGAAAUGAAAGUGUAUUAGUACGGAUGAUGAUACAAAUGAUGACGACGAGGGAGAUGUUGGAUGAUGCAGACCACGUCCUCGACAGAUUUUCAAAGCUAGAAUCAAAGACGCUUUGGAAUAAAACUUCUCCCUCGUACCACCAAGAAUUGAAGUGCAAACAAUAAACGUCUUCAGACAUUAAUUUCUCACAAUGAGUUAAAUAUUUGGAUGUUAGUUCCCAGAAUAUGGGCUUCCGUCACUUUAGCUCAAACUUGAAAUAUCUCGUGGAAAGGUUUUUUUUGUUUUACUGGCAAACCUGAGUCAUUUAUAGUCAGUCAUAGAUAAAUAGAUGUUUUCCUUGCAAGCAGUGUUUAGCCUAUGAACCUCUCUCUGGUCCCCUUGUUAUAUUGCAACCUGGACAAGAUGUGUCACAACAAUAAUGGCCUUGUAAAAUUUAACUAGAUAAUAUAGAUUUAAUACACAUGUAAUGUUUUAAUAAACAUGUAAUGUUUAUUUACCCCCCCGAAGAAUGUUGUCCCUGCCCCAGAUGUUCGAAGGUGCUGCUCACGCCCAGGGCAAGUUUCAAGACUUUGAGUCUGGAUUUACUUCAGUUGUAAAAUGUAAAGGUCUCACCCUCAAAAGGGAGGACAAUAUUUAUGAGACAAGUUAAAAUUUAGUAGGAGAACAGUAACUUAAAGGGUAAUGAGCAAAAGAGGAACCUCACAUUAUUCACAUUUCCUCAGGAUAUUUUUUAAAAGAUAUUAAUAUUCUUUUAUUUUUAAUGUCUGGAUCAAAGUAUCAAAAGAGACACACACAAAAAACAAAUUUGUUCUCCUUCUUCUCUUUGAUAUCAGUCUCCUAGAUAUGCCUUAUCUUUCUUUAAGAUCAAAGAACAUUCCUGGAAAAUUCGGGAAAAUGUAAAAGCCCCAGAAUCGCCUCCUCCAAGAAAAAAACCGACACAUCUCACAAUGUUAAAGAAAGUUAUUAAGAAUUCCUGGAUUCGCCCCUUUGUCCGGAUCCACGGCAACAUUUAAUGGGUUCUUUUCUUGGCCCUAUCCUUUCUGCCGAGCGUGCUGAUAGGACGACGUCCAAGAUUCUUUUGAAGGAAAGGAAACACUCUUUUUUCCCCCGAUGACAUCUGGGAGUCAUCAUCACUGAAGCCUUUUUUCGCUCAUAUACAGUGAGUGAAACAUGAAAUACACCAACACGUGAGACCUACAUUUGUAUAUGUUGCAGUCAGAAUCAUUCUCUCUGACAGUUCGCCCUCUCUGCCCUCUCUGUAGGGGACCUGGUUAUACCGGUGCUCUCUAUUCAACAACAAUCCAUGAGCCUGUGAACAUUUAGUUUCCUGGAAUAAUACACAAAUGCCCAAGUUGGAAACGGUAGAAUUGCAAUAAUUCUGUCGUAUCAUUAUUUCCAGAUUAUUUUCCAUACUCCACCCCAAAUUUUUUUGGGGUGGAGUAUGAGAUGAAUAUCGACAAUGUGGACUCACGUAAAUCACUGUUGAUCUGGGACUGUAGUUCAAGUUAGGCGCUUUCUCCCACCAUCAUCAGAGUAUUUAUGGAUACAUACAUUGAGUGACUGUGAGUGAAGGGUCUUGACCACUGGUUGAGAUUGACAUAAAGAUUAGUCUUUGAAAUGCCACUGACCACCGGGAGGCCAUGGGUUCACGUUAAUGACGCAUUCACACAUCAAUGGUUGCACAGCAACAGUGAAAUUGGGGAUGCAGCCCCGGUGUGUUUUCCAAAAAGCUCCGAAAACUUUUAGGUCUUUAACACAACGUCAACUUUGUAUCAUUUUCCUCUCAGACCGCUUAAAAAUCCAAUGAUCUCUAUUGCUGGGGAAAUGUUGCCCCCUGUAGGUCCGCCCGACAACCUGCGGAGCCUUCAGACUUGUCCCCUAAGACAUGAUAAUAACAAUAAUAAUAAUAUGACGACGUGUGUGGCGUUGCUGGAGGCUAGUCUAGCACGUGCCGCAGCCACAGGGUGAACAGAUUCAUGACUAGUGAAAGCAAGUUACUCGCACACAGCACGCUUGUUCGUGCACGCUCCGGUGAAAAGGCUGACAGGGUAGAUGAAGAGUUAAUGGUGGCGCUCACGGUCCACGGCCCACUCGCGUGGAGGUGCGGAAGGGCCAGUCGAAUAUGAACCCCGGGGGGCAAACCUGUCCAACUGACGACAACGACGGCACUCGCUGACAAGCAGCUCAAAGAGGAGUGAAGUGGGGAAAAGUCAGCAAUCGGCGAAGGCCUGUGUCUGCUCGAGCCUGUUCUGAUGACUCUGACGCCAGCCAGCAUGUGCACACCACUAAAGACGCUGAACGAGAGCCUCAGCCACAGGCGACGCUACAUGAAGCACAACUUCCCCAUCAACUACACCAUCAGGGUUCGUCAGAGGGAGGUCUUCAAACUGUCGAACAUCAGCAGAAUGAAGUUACAGGGGGAGGGAUUGGAUGAGGUGGUUCUCCAGAGGCUGUGGUUCCAGGUCAACCAAGGGGUUUUAAAAAAGAUCAUCCGGGUUAUGCCAGACAGACAUCCUUCGCGUCCGUACACCGCCGAGCUGGAGAGGCGCUUCAAAGAUGCAGAGGGAGUCUUUGUGCAUUCGCAUCCGGCUGAGGUGUUCCAGCAGGAGCUUCCGGAGACUAUCCAGGACAUUUGGGAUUGUUUAACAGAAGAGCCUGACAGAGUUCCAGAGUCCAGCUGGCGAUUAGCUUCGCCGAAAUCCCUCCUAGACAACUUCUGCCAAACCAUGUACUGCCUCUUCAGUGAGUGCUUCGCCAGCCAAGAAGCACAACAGGACUACUGUGGUGUUUUCCAUUGGAAGAAAGGCAGAAAGAAAGAUCUGCAGCCCGAAAGCUGAGAAGAGGCCAGUGGGGUGAAGGCUCUGUUGAUACUGAUUCAGGAUUGGUAUCAUUAUCUCCCUCGAAGCUGUUGGGAGAGAGGGUAAAAGGACAACCCACACUGAAACAGGACAGUUCAGUUCCUGAUUCCUGAUGCGUGAACAUGAAUAAUUCUUUCCCAAUAUCUAAAAAAAAAGAGCGCCUAUGAUUGUCUUAACAAUGUGCCUACAAUGGAGCCAGGCCAGGGUUAGCGUCUUCAUCAUGAACAGACUUUCUAUUUUUCAUAAAGCUCAUUUUUGGAGUAAAAGCUCCAACUCCUCCGAUUUUCCAAUUUCUCCGUCACUCAGGAAGCCCAAAGUAUUUGUCUCGUCGUCGCAUCUCAGACUGAUGCGUUGGAAUUUAGUUUUUACUAGUUUUGGUAGAGAAUUAUUCAUGUUCACCUAUAUCGACUAAACUGAUGUGUGAUCAAUGUAUUGGAUCGAUUCUUUUCCUAAAGGGGAUUAUUUAAGAAGCGGGGUGCAGCACAAGAUGCUGAAUCCUCGUCAGCGAAGGGCUAACUUCACCUGGUCUGAGGACGUCACUGUGGCAUUGCCAAAUCCCUGCCCCCAGAAUAGCCUGUGAUGUGCUCCCGUGGACCUGCAUGGUUCACCUCAGAGGCCCAGCAAGAAGCAAUAAGAGAGACUACACAUUGGAGCGUUAUUGUAUUGAAACAACAACUGAGUUUGUACCAUAGUCUGACUUCUUCUUCUAUGAACGCCUCUUUCGAACGUCACUGGGCAGGAGCGACAGCAGUGUACGUGAACUGCACUGCAAAACCUUAAGGCAAACCGAUAACUACUGUUUUCCCUUCCCUCUUCAGUUGAUACCGAUGCAUUUCUUAGAACCUACAGGCUGCAUCUAAAAGUGCUAUUCUACAAGCGUGCUCUACUGUGGGCCCAAACUGCAUAAUCAAAAGCUGUUUGCUCAUUUCUGCCUCAUUCCAAGUAUUUAUUUCUAUAUGUUUAUCAUGCACAAAGAGUAAGAGCUGAACCAAAACAAACUAUGACAUACAAUCUCCUCCCUCCAUGCAAGCUACGCAUUUUUAUAUUUGCUGAUCUGUUGUGGAUUUUUUUUCCCGACAGGCAACUGUAUUUUUUCUUGCAUUGCAAAGCUUAAAGAGUGACCAUUGGUAUUUCAAAUAUGGAGCAACAUCACAGUCAGAAUUUAUUUUAACAUUAUUAUCAGGCCUUAUAUAUUUUGAAAUGUAAUUAAGUAAUAUAACAGUAAAUACAUGGUUACAUUUUGUUAGCAUACACAAUAGUUACAGAAUUUGAAACCCACCUCCAUACAAUACUGAUUUUCACUAUGCUUUCUGAGAUCACAAAAAAAUUGGCUGUUUAACAUCUUGGUCUUUGUUUCACUCAUACGCGCUGGAGCUGAACCAAACCAGUCAUGAACUCACUGACCCUAAGCGCCGGGGCCAUGUUAGUUAAGAUGCUUAGUGUGCACAAGAAGCCGAGUGGCCCUAGAUGAAUAACAGCUGGGGAUCAGAAAAGCAGUGCACCCGUUGUGUGAAUGUCUAGUCAGAAGAAAAAAUGUGAAAAGUAUAAUUUUCACACCUACAUUCCAUCUCUGUGGCAACUGUUAGUUCAGAUAAUCUAACCAAAGAUGACUCAAUUUAGCAAAGCAGGUUAAAUUGAUUGUGAUUGACGGACAGCCGCAUGGUACUUUGGGCCACUAGCCAAUUAAAGGGGUCAGUAAGCAAUUUUAAUCCAAUACACUUUUUUGUAAAAUUUAGGGAAUAUGUCUGUUCUGUGUGCGCCGUGGGAAAACAAUCCGGUUUUCUGGCACAACCCUGGCUCAGUAAUUUGAAAAACAAAAGAAAUGGUGCGGACCGCACCACACAACACUGUGUGCAGUUUGAAAACAUCACUCCCCGACACCUUAAAAAAGCGUGCGAGCGACGGACACUACGACUCAGGGGUUUUGGCCUUCGUGGUUAGCGCCUCCGUCUCCCGUACCAGAGGCUGCGGGUUCGAGCCCCGAUUAGUGCAGUCAGAAAAAUCAACAACAAACAAUCUUUCUCCAAAAUCGCUUACUGCCCCCUUAAUCAAAACCUAACAGAAUCAAGGCUGGAGUGAGACUGUGAACUGUGUCCUGUUGAGGUCACUGAAUUGUAAUUUUAGGAAAAUGCAGUUGCAGCUCCGCUCAGCCGUGGUUUAUUCAAGUGCCAAGGACGCUCGCUGUGGGCGCUGAGUACGACAGCUCACCUGAAGGCCCUCUGUAAUUGCCAGGGUUGAGAAUGCACCCAUGAUCUCAUCUCGUUACUUGACUGAAAUGUGAUUGUGUUUUACAUUCCUCGCUUGGACUUUACAUUCCUCACACGAUCAACGAUGACGACGACGAAGGCAGGGUAACGAGCCAAUUAUGGCUGACGGUUCAUGGUCAGCACGUGUAGAAUAAAGAUGUCUUAAAACCCAUUGGCUCUAGCAUCUGUCGCUAGAGCGUCUCUUAAGGUGUCAGGGAGUGAGGUUGACUCACGCUGCAAAGUACUCGACUGACUGGCCACCGGUACACAAGUCUAAAUGUGUCACUCUUUGGGAGGGAGACUGAUCAUGUUAAAUUAUUAUUCUAUAUAUACAGAAAUGCGUUGAAGAGCUUUCAUAAGUUUCAAGGGGCAAGACGAGAAGCUCUAUGAUGAUGUAACAGAUGAAUGAUGAAUAUUGGUGUAUUUCUGUAAAUGCAGUAAGUGUAUUUUUAUUAUACUUUAAUCACAUGUACCUGUAUGGUUGUCUUUUUGAAACCAUGAGAGCAUUUUACGGUAAAUUCAUAGAUCCUUUAUUGUAAAAGAAUAAAUAAAGUGAUAUUUCUCAGCUGACUGGCAACAACAGAAAUAUGAUAACUACAAACACAAGGGUGGUUGUUGUCUGUGGUCUGAAGAUGGAUUUUAAAUAACAGAUGUUUUUAUACACAAGAUAUUGAAUUUAUUUAUUUUUUGGAAAUGUAUAAUGCUACGUGACUAUACUUUUAUGAAAGAAAUAAAAAUCAAAUUGCUAUUUUUAUCAACUAAUCCUGUGUCCAGAGUCCUGUCAGUGUUAAAGAGCCCUGAAAGUACACUGCCGUUAUUAAUCCACUGUGUUCAGUUGUCUUGCAUAAUAAAAUGCAGGUCUUUUCAUCUUG